CCAAAGUCGUGCCCUCAACCCGCUCGCCGGCACUCUACAUUCCUAGGAUGGAGCGCACCUUGGGGUUCAGCCCGGCCUGCAUGUUGUCAGCCUCGCGCUGGGCGUGGAGAUACGCCAGCAUGGCUUCACGGUCCGCGGCAGAGGUUGCCGCGCCCGCGGCCACCGCCUCCGCCGCGGCCGUGCUGGUGUCCGCCGCGGCCGUGGCCGCCACCGUGGCCACCCCGGUCGUGGCCACCGCCUCCACGGCCGUAGCCGCCGCCGCCGCCGCGGCCACCACCGGCGUGGCCACCAGCGCCGUGGCCACCGCCGCCGUGGCGGCCGCCACCGCCGGCGCGGCCACCAUUUCCGUGGUUGCGCGCGCGCCCGCCCUUCUUGAUACCGCCACGUGCCAGGGAAGGGGAACGGGAGGCAGGCGUGUCAGCGGCAGCGACUGAUGGCUGGGUUUUGCCGUUGGCAAAGUUGGUGACAAAACUGGUCAUUUCGAGGAUAUGGUUCAUGAGCUCGUACACGUUAUCCCACGGCACGGUUGAGCCGGGUUUGAAUGCGUACUUGGCUUGCAGUCCCUUUUGGAGGCCGGCGCGGAAAUGAGCCACGCGGUCGUUCAUAUGCAUGUCUGGAAUGUCUUGCAUAAUGAGGCGGAAUUGUGUGAUGUAAGCGGACACCGUGCCUGUCUGCGUCACUUCGUGAUUGUGCAAGCGCUGUCGUGCAGCGUUGGCAGUGUGAGCAUGAGCAUUUACAUGGCGUCGUAGUCCAUGCGGCCCCACUAACUCCUUUGAGUCCGGAGGCGCAUAUAGCAGAACAAAGCAGGUUCAGUCCGCUCAAUCGCCCCGCAGAAUGCUUAUUGAUAUGCUUGAAAGAACGCAACACGCACAAGCGAACAUGACGUUGUAGAGCCGAGGCCAGUGAGCUAGCACAAGCAAAAAGGAAAGCGUGAGCAUGAGCAGCGACCGCAACUGCUACGUUACCUUUGACGAGAUAACCGCGCGCCAAGCUGCGCCACUCCGGCGUCCUGGAACACAGCCAGGCAUCCGCGGUGAGCCAGGAGUAGUACGUACAUGCGAGGACAAGAGGAAAGAGAACGGCAGAAAGGAGGGUGCGGCAUGGCGGUUGUCAAAACGUUGAGGCCGGCGCAGAAAACAAACCAGGGUGGCUGCCUAGCUGCGGCCGGGCUGACGCGAAGGCUGACUGGCUGCUGUAUAUGGUGAGCUGAGACUGGUAUGAAAGGCUGGUGCCGGCCAGGCGAGUUGGGCAUGAGGCGCUGCUGCAUGGGGACACGACGCGCUGUAGGCCAUGGGGUAACUGACGGGUGCGGACCGUAGUACGGUUCCCCACACCCGUCCAGGAACCGGCCCACGCACGGUGCAGCGGGGCUGGCCGGGUGGAGGAACCGGGCUGGCAGCUGGGCUGGACGUCGCGUACGUAGACCAGAGCGGAAGGCGGAGUGGGCUUGCAGGCGGCACGAGAGUAGGCAGUCAGUAGCGCAAGUUGUGAAGUUGCUCAAGUCUGGGUCUACCUGUAACGGCUGGAAGAG